CACUCUGACCCUCGUGGCUGCAGCUUCCUAUUCUUCUUCUUUUCUCUGUUUUACUCUCGCCCAGCUUUUGCCUUGUCUGUUUCACAUUUUAAUUUUCUUGAUUGAAUAGAGAGAAAGUGAGGGAAAAUCUAGUAGGAGCGGGAGUAAUUGAAGGGAGCUGCAAUGGCGGUGUCUAAGAAAUGGGUCUGUUCGUCCUUGGCUUUGCUGCUUGUCUUGCUAGUUGCAGCAAUGGUGAUUGCGGGGAAAGACAAGAUCCCUGAAUUCAGAAAUGUGGAAGCAGAGAAGUUGCAGAGCUCGAAGAAAUCAUCAAUGGCGGCAGCCAGGUACGGAGAGGUUGAGGAAUUGAAUGAGCAUGCGGUGGCCGACCCAGAGGCAGUUGCCGCCGAAGUUGAGUCCAUUAUUAACAUGAGCAUUGGGAAUGUUACUGAAAGGAGGAAACUGGGUUUCUUCUCUUGCGGAACUGGUAACCCCGUUGAUGACUGCUGGCGUUGUGACCCCAACUGGGAGCAGAACCGCAAGCGCCUUGCGGAUUGUGGAAUUGGUUUUGGGAGGAAUGCAAUUGGUGGCCGUGACGGAAGUCUCUAUGUUGUCACUGACCCCGGUGAUGAUGACCCCGUUAACCCCAAGCCUGGUACGUUGCGCUAUGCGGUAAUACAGGACGAGCCUCUCUGGAUCGUGUUCAAGAGGGACAUGGUUAUAACGUUGAAGCAGGAGCUGAUCAUGAACAGCUUCAAGACCAUUGAUGGACGAGGUGCCAAUGUCCACAUUGCUAAUGGAGCCUGCAUCACAAUCCAGUUUAUUACCAAUGUUAUCAUUCACGGUCUCCACAUCCAUGACUGCAAGCCGACCGGAAAUGCCAUGGUUAGAAGCUCUCCGAGUCACUUUGGAUGGAGGACAAUGGCUGAUGGCGAUGGCAUCUCUAUUUUUGGAUCAAGUCACAUAUGGAUUGAUCACAAUUCUCUCACUAAUUGUGCUGAUGGUCUUGUUGAUGCUGUCAUGGGCUCAACUGCUAUUACCAUCUCCAACAAUCACUUAACCCACCACAAUGAGGUGAUGUUGCUGGGUCAUAGUGAUUCUUACUCAAGAGACAAGCAAAUGCAAGUAACUAUUGCCUACAACCACUUCGGAGAGGGACUUAUCCAGAGAAUGCCAAGGUGUAGGCAUGGAUAUUUCCAUGUGGUAAACAAUGACUACACUCAUUGGGAAAUGUAUGCCAUUGGUGGAAGUGCAAACCCCACCAUCAAUAGCCAGGGCAACCGAUAUGCAGCUCCUACAAACCCUUUUGCAAAGGAGGUAACUAAGAGGGUGGAUACAGCUGCAGGCGAGUGGAAGGGCUGGAACUGGAGGUCUGAAGGAGACCUGAUGCUUAACGGUGCCUACUUCACUACAUCCGGAGCAGGAGCCUCUGCCAGCUAUGCAAGGGCCUCAAGCUUGGCAGCCAAGUCCUCUUCCUUGGUGGGAGCCAUGACUUCUAAUGCUGGUGCCCUUGGGUGCCGCAAGGGCAGCCAAUGCUAGUACCUGAGUCAAUUAAACUGGCCAAACAACCAGCCCUUUUACUUUAUGUUUGAUUUUACUUCUUCGUCCUAUAGCAUAUAUUACCAACCCCACAUCCAUAUUUCCCAGCAAUCAUUUCUUAGCCAUCUACCUGCACCUGCAUCAUCACAUAUUUUGACAAGUGUCAAAUUUUUUACACAUUGUCAUUAUAUUGUCCCCAUCAUUUCUCCUCGUUCCAUUUCUCAAUCAAUUAUUUUUCUCAACCUCGGCCUGCUUCAUCUCAAGUAAACAAAGCCAUUUCUAGAAGCAGGUGCGGAAGCGUUGUUUCCUCCGUUUUUUUCCUUUUAACCAUCAUUAUCCCACCUUACCUUUUAUCCCUCAGCGUGUCAACUUGGUCUCCACACUUUUGUCUUUUGGUUUAAUUUAAAGGGUCUAAAUGAUCUGGUGAUCAAUUUUCUUUUCUUUUCUUUUCUUUUUUACCUUACUUGUGUGUAGUCAUACAAGCAAUAGUAUGAAUGUCAAAACUUGAAUCCCAAUGAAGAUUAUGAUGUUUAUAGAUGAUGGUGCAUAUAGCAAUAGCAGUGAUGUUUCUUUUUACCUUUUUCCCUUUUGCCCUUUUUCUUUAGAUUUGUCGGCUUUUUCUUUCUCAAUGGAAGCAAUCCUUCAACUUUUU